AUGUGUACACAACACAUACCUUCAGCCACGGGGAGCUCUCUUUCGAAUUCAGAAGAGGAAACAAAACAAGUGCCAGACCCACCAAUUCAAAAAUUUGUUGGGCAAGGUCUAGAAACUCACAACGCAAGCAACAGGAUUGGGCGAGACUACCCCGACCUAGACGAAGAUUACAAUUUUGAAGGGGAUAUCGCUUUAUCAAGAAAGGCAUCACGACAAGCGAUCGAUUAUGACAACUUGAUCCGUCAAGCCACAAACAGUUCUAAGCCUUUGCCUCCAAUGGGAUGUGGUAGACCGUACCCAAGACAUUUAGGAACAAGAGACCCUUACGUUGUGCAAUUUGAUGGAGACAACGACCCGGGACAUCCCAAAAACUGGAGACUCAAAACAAAAAUCUUUUAUACUGCUACUGUAGGUUUGAGCGCAUUUUGCGUCAGUAUUGGCUCGGCAUUGUUUGCUGAAGCUUCUAAGGAGUUGAUGCGAGUUUACCACAUUGGCUGGACAGUUGCCACUUUGGGGACAUCUUUAUUUGUCUUUGGCUUUGCCGCAGGACCGGUACUUUAUGGUCCAUUGUCGGAAUUGUUUGGAAGAAAAAUCAUUUUGAUACCUAGUUCUUUGGGAUAUACAUUGUUUUGUUUUGCUGUGGCUACCGCUAAGGACAUACAGACAAUUAUGCUCUGUCGGUUCUUUGCAGGGUUCAUUGGGGCGGCUCCGUUGGUUGUUGCCCCUGCCGUAAUGGCUGAUAUGUUUGGUGCAAGAACAAGAGGAACUGCCAUUACGUUGUUUGCAAUGGUUUUGUUUGGGGGUCCCAUGCUUGCACCUAUUCUUGGUGGAUUCACUGUAAAGAAUACGUCUUUGGGGUGGAGGUGGACUUCGUACUUUUGUGGUAUUGUUGGUGCAUUAUCUUUUGUGAUGAACAUAUUUUGCUUGGAGGAGACUCACCAUCCCAUUAUUCUUGCAAGAAGGGCUGAAGAGUUGAGAAGAAGAACCGGGAACUGGGCGAUAUAUGCGCCACAUGAUGAAGUGACAUUGAGUAUUGGCGAGAUUGCCGAAAAUAACGUUACACGUCCAUUGAAGAUGUUAUUUACAGAGCCCAUUUUGUUUUUGGUUACAUUGUACAAUGCAUUCAUUUAUGGCAUGUUGUAUUUGUUCUUGACGGCAGUGCCGAUUAUCUUCACAGGAAAGUAUGGCUGGUCACAAGGUGUUGGGCAGUUGCCUUACAUAUCAAUGCUCUUGGGUACACUCCUGGGUGGAAUCAUUGUAAUUAUGUUUGAAAGGCGGUACAAUACGGUUAUGGACAGGAACAAUGGGAAAGCCAUCCCAGAGGAGAGAUUACCUCCAAUGAUGAUUGGUGGGGUUACAUUCACUGGUGGUAUGUUUUGGCUUGGCUGGAGUGGCGCAUUUGGAAACAAAGUUCAUUGGAUGGUACCCACCAUUGGAGCUUUCUUUGUUGGUAAUGGGCUAAUGUUGAUUUUCUUGCCAUGCUUCAACUACAUCAUUGAUUGCUAUUUGUUAUACGCGGCAUCUGCACUAGCUGGAAACACUUUCCUUAGGUCUGCAUUUGGUGCCGCUUUCCCACUAUUUGCCCGACAGAUGUUUGUCAAUUUAAAGAUUCAAUGGGCUAGUACAUUGUUGGGGUGUUUGGGUGCCAUUAUGAUCCCGGUGCCGAUUUUGUUUUAUUUAUAUGGAAAGAGGAUUAGAGCCAGCUCAAAGUAUGCGUUUGUGUUGGAGUAG